AUGGAUUUAUACUCAGUUGAUGCCGAUAUUGCCGAGAUCAAGAGGUUAGAUAACUCUAUCAACCACCUUAUCCGUUCCAACAGCGAGCUACUCACUUACUUACCAAAGACAACGAAUCUGCAAUCUCAAUUUGACGGUGGCUUUGACAGCCAAUCGAUUGGCACACGCGACGCUGAAAUUGCUGCCUCUGAAGAUACACAGCAGCUGCGCGUAGUUGACGACGAUUCUGAUGACGACUACUCCCUAAUCACCAACACCAUCAAAGAGAACGAGUACACCAUCUCUAGUCAGCGAGAACGCGUCGCUUUACUCAAAUUCAAGUUGAAUGGUGGUGAGAACGAGCAAAACAAGCACGACGAGCACGAAAAGCACGAAAAACACGAAAAACACACUAAGAAUACAGGCGUAUCUCUCUAA